UUGCCUGUCAAGUCAAGAGGCAGCAGGGGCAGAGAUUUGAACCAUGAGAAGGAACUUUGUCAGUUUGUCCCCGCGAAGCAUGGCGUUCACCGAGUGUUUGACACCUACCGAGCUGCUCGCAGACGGGAAGGGUUUAAAGAGGAAAAACUGGAGGAACAGAAUAAGAUUUCUCCUGAAGACGAAUUCUUCCAAGUCAGUGUUACGUCUCAUUCAGAACAGAUCCUACAGGCCGAGUGCUGACGACGUGAACCAGUGGGCGCAAUCGCUUGACAAACUACUCGGUCAUAAAUAUGGGAAAGCUGCCUUUUGUAUCUUCCUGAAGUCCGAGUUCUGCGAGGAGAACAUUGAGUUUUGGACGGCCUGUGAAGAUUUCAGGACGCUCACGUCGCACAAAGAGCUGGUGUCCAAGGCCAGCGGCCUUUACGAGGACUUCAUUAAAAGCGAAGCUCCGAAGGAGAUCAACCUGGAUUUCCACACGAAAAACGCCAUCGUCCAGAGCCUCCACGACCCCACCGCGACCAGCUUCCUCGCAGCUCAGAGGAAGGUCUACAGUCUGAUGGAGAACAACUCCUACCCGAGGUUCAUCCAGUCCGACCUCUACAAAGAACUGUGCGCGGUCGCCAGGGGAGAGGGCAAGCACAUGAAGCACUAGUCAAACUCCACGGCCCCCACUCCUGAAGUCAUCUGUUUACCACUGUGACUGUGUGAUCAGACCACUGACGAUGUUCAUUCCGGGCCACUGGCCUCGGGAUAAUAGACCCUGAAUGCAAAUUCCCGAGUAUAAACAUUAACGGGCGAGUGUGGAAAAUGCAAAACCGAAGCCAUUUCCAAGUCCAUCCUGCUGGGGAGCGUUCAAGGAUGGAGAUCAGGCCCGAUGCUGAUAUGCCGCUGGAGGCAGUUUGCAUCAUUUCAACCAGAUGGGAUUAAGGUUACAUUCUCUUCACCGGGCCAUUACCUGCACUUUCCCUGAUGUGCUAUAAGAGCUUUUAAAAAAGCAAUUCAAGAAAAUGGUGUCGUAGAGCCACUGCAUUCACGGAAUGAGAAGAGUCUGUCAAACACUUGUUGGAAUGUACAGCAUGUUCAUUUGUGCAAGGUCACAUGCGUACACAGGACUUCCUAUGUGACCCUGCAUUUCAUCGCCACGACGCUCACAUGGAUUUUGGAUCAGUUUACACAAAAAAGUGCAAUUCAAAUGCAUAUAUAUAAACAUUUCGCAAUUUCCACCGCAGACUGUAUUUGGCUUAAAAUGACUGACAAUGUUUGAAUCCCGUUUCUGACAAUGUUAUUUAUUGUAAAUAUUGUGAUACUAUUUGUCUAACGUGAAUUUAAGUUUGGGGCAGCUGGACUGCUCGAGAAAUAAACUUUGUUCUUCGGUGCUGAAAAUA